UCUUUCAGUGUGUCACCAGUACUAAUGAAGCCUUCAUUGCUGCUUCUGUCUCACCUCUGCCUGUUCAGCCUUAUGCCUCCCUCGUGGGCAUCAGAUUCAGCACAAGGUGACUCCAGCCUCACUUGUUGGUACGACUCACGGGUGGCUCUCUUCUGUGACUGGGACCCAGGCAGGGACCUGGCUGAAGCACCAUGCCAGCUGGAGAUUUUGUCAGAGAAAGGCUUUUGUGACAGCUCACUGGAAUUAUAUCCCUCACCUGAAAAACAGAAGAAGCACUGCAAAUUACCAAAGGCAGAGCAUAUGACAGGACUGAGGAGAUGCAUCAAAAUCUUCAACCAAGAUGUUAAUAGACAGUGCUUCACCGUUUCAGACUGUCUUAACAUAUCUGUCCAUUGCCACACUGAAGAGACUAAAACCAAAAUACCUGCACAAAUAAAAAACUUCAAUCCGUUUGCAAAUAUAAAGCUGAGGCCUCCAGGAAACCUUCAGCUGGUUAACAUAACUGAAAACACCUCCAACCUAACAUGGAGCCUCAAUAUCUCCUCUCACUACUUGCAUGGGUUGCGGGAGUACCAAGUGCGGUAUCGACGUGUGAGUCAGUCCUGGGAGGAGGCUGUGAACUUGCCCAUUGAACAGGACCAGAUGUGGGUGAAUUUUGAGAGACUCUCACCCAACUUGAAAUACGAGGCAGCUGUCCGUGCAAGGCCGAGUGCCAGAAGCACCUACAAAGGCAUGUGGAGUGACUGGAGCAAGCCGGUCCUGUGGAGGACACAUGCUGACCAUAAGGGAAUAUCCCAGCCAGUCCUCCCAGUUCUGAUAGUGAGCACUUUCGUCUUCGUGAUCAUUGGGACCGCCUUCCUCAUUAACUUACGGACCCUGAAAUGGUUUAAGAAGAUCCUGAAGAUUCACAUCCCGGACCCUGAAAAGUUUUUUCCCCCACUUGUUUCAGUUCAUGGAGGUGACAUUCAGAAAUGGCUCUCCUCCCCAUUCUCCACAUCUUCCUACUGCGUGAACAGCACAGUCCCAGAGAUCUCCAUGCUCGAGGUGAUGCAGAAGAAUGACCAGGAAUCCCAGUUUCUACUUUCCAAGGGAGCCCUGACUCCUGAUCCUCCCACAGAAACCAGUGUGCACUCUGGAUCCAGCUGCUUCACCAACCAAGGCUAUUUCUUCUUCCACCUUUCCAACUCCUUUGAGAUCGAGCCCUGCCAGGUCUAUUUCACCUACGAGCCUUUCACCCAGGAGGGCAGUGGCAGCAAGGAUGGGGAGUGUUACCAGGCUCUCCCAUCCCCUGACAUCUGCACACUGGCAGAAGACAUGAAUAUGCUACCCAGAGACUUCUUUCACUGUAUCGAGGCAACGCAGGGCUUCCAAAAGAGCUCCUUCAUGGAAGAGACAGCAGGUGAAGCCCAGCAGGCUGUGGCUGUUCCUGGGGCUCUCCAGUCAAGUGAAGGCAGCUCACCAACACCGGUUCUGGAACAGGAUGAGAAGGUGAUGGACAAAGAAAUUUCACAACCUGCUGAGGCUGUGUGCCUGACUGACUUUCCUGACCCACUGGAUCUGCAGGACAGAGACACUGUCAGUGUAACAGAGGGGAGUGGGAAGGGGGGCCCUCCGACUGACCCCUGCACACCAGCAGCAAAUGCUACCUCUUCCUUCUCCCAGCCUCCACCUCUCAGGCAAAGACAGGAUGAGGAUCUGUGCAAAACAACCUCCUCCAGCCAAGUCUCAAACACUGGUGCCUACAUUUCUCUGAGGGACCUCCAAAGCCAGUACAGCCAUUGCUCUGUCUAG